GCGCCUCGCGCCAAGGUUUCAACAGAUCUCACCAAGAUGCCGUCUCAAAUGGAACAUGCCAUGGAAACCAUGAUGUUCAUGUUUCACAAAUUUGCUGGGGAGAAAGGAUACUUGACAAAGGAAGACCUGAGGGUACUCAUGGAAAAGGAAUUCCCAGGAUUUUUGGAAAAUCAGAAAGACCCUCUAGCCGUGGACAAAAUAAUGGACCUCGACCAGUGCCGAGAUGGCAAAGUGGGCUUCCAGAUCUUCUUUUCGCUAAUUGCUGGGCUCACCAUCGCAUGCAAUGACUAUUUUGUAAUAUACAUGAAGCAGAAGGCCAAGAAAUAG